AUGAAACCAGAAUGGGCGCUGAAGAUCCAUGAUGAAGUCAUUAAGCAAUACAACGCGGGAUUCUUGGUAGUCUCUAACAACAUAGAAUGGCUCGCAAAUAUCAUACCAGUUCCAAAGAAGGAUGAAAAAGUCAGGAUGUGCAUUGACUUCAGAGAUCACAACAAAGCAAGCCCCAAGGACGACUUCCCUCUGCCUCAUAUCGAUACACUGAUAGAUAAUACUGCAGACACAAGAUCUUUUCCUUCAUGGACGGCUUCUCAGGCUAUAACCAGAUCAAGAUGGCCAUUGAAGAUCGAGAGAAGACUUCUUUCAUCACUCCAUGAGAAACUUUCUGCUAUCGGGUUAUGCCCUUCGGGUUGA